AGACUAUCUUGUUUAAACCAGAUUCAUAUCAUUACUUGUAUGUGAGGAGAAACCGCCGGUGUGACAAAACCAGGACACCCACUGACCGCAGGGGAAAAAAGGAAGAGUGAUGCCGACUUUUACCGUCACAUGAGCCGCGUUCAUGUGACCGCUCAUGUGAUUGCAGGGAUAAAACGUGAGCGGAGCAGCGAGUCGCAAUCACACUUUGUUUGACUGGAGUCGGACACUCACUUACAUCACAGGGGGCCUGAAGAUUUUAAUCAGUUCGACACCGACAGCUGACACACUACAGCUACAGUAAAAAAUGUGGCGUGCAGCCUUCCUGUUAUUGGCUGCCAGCUUGUCUGUGAGCCUGGCCAGACCCCGCCUCAAACCACUGUCCAGUGAGAUGGUCAACUACAUCAAUAAGUUUAACACUACCUGGAAGGCUGGUCACAACUUUCAUAAUGUCGACCACAGUUAUGUCCAGAGACUCUGCGGUACGAUGAUGAAGGGACCUAAACUGCCAGUCAUGGUUCAGUAUGCUGGUGACCUGGAGCUGCCAAAAGAGUUUGACUCCAGAAUGCAGUGGCCCAACUGUCCCACUCUGAAGGAGAUCAGAGACCAGGGCUCCUGUGGAUCCUGCUGGGCAUUUGGCGCUGCAGAGGCCAUAUCUGACCGUGUGUGUAUCCACAGCAAUGCCAAGGUCAGCGUGGAGAUCUCCUCCGAGGAUCUGCUGACAUGCUGUGACAGCUGUGGCAUGGGGUGUAAUGGUGGCUACCCUUCAGCUGCCUGGGACUUCUGGACCAAAGCCGGGCUGGUCUCUGGAGGCCUCUAUGACUCCCACGUCGGUUGUCGUCCCUACACCAUCGCCCCCUGCGAGCACCAUGUGAAUGGCAGCAGACCCCCUUGCACUGGAGAGGAAGGAGACACACCCCAGUGCAUCUUGCAGUGUGAAGCUGGAUACACACCUAGCUACCAACAAGACAAGCACUAUGGUAAAACAUCUUACAGCGUGCUGUCAGAUGAGGAACAGAUUCAGUACGAGAUAUACAAGAAUGGCCCAGUAGAGGGAGCCUUUAUAGUCUAUGAAGACUUUGUGCUGUACAAGUCUGGUGUGUAUCAGCAUGUGACUGGCUCUCAAGUGGGCGGCCAUGCCAUUAAGAUCCUGGGCUGGGGGGAGGAGGCUGGUGUUCCCUACUGGCUCUGUGCCAACUCCUGGAACACUGACUGGGGUGAUAACGGAUUCUUUAAGUUCCUGCGUGGAUCUGAUCACUGUGGUAUUGAGUCUGAAAUUGUUGCAGGAAUUCCCAAGUAAAUCCUGAGGUUUUAAACAGCAGUGUCAAUACAUAAUCACUAGAGGGCGACACACUCCAAUUGCCUGCUAUGGAACUACUUCAACUGCUUUUAGUCAGAUAGCCACAGCCUACUAUCACCUUGCACACUCAGCAUGAGGUUUCAGCCACAGACAGAAAAAACUUGUGACGGCAUCUAUGUUCCUGAGCACAAGUCACCAUUGUUGAAUUGAAGUUUGAGUUUGUUUGAGAUUCUGUGAGGUUGUGUUCCUUUUGCCUCUGAAAGCAAUCAAACAGUUCACGAGUGGAAGGUGUUUUUGUUUUUGUUUUUUUGUUUUUUGUUUUGGACCCACAUGUGCAUUUAAUUAUCUCGGGUGAUUUGCAGCACACUGUCACUGUAGUAGAAAUGAACUUGCCUUUCUCAAUUUGUUUGUGCACUGGUGAAAAGCGUGGGCCCUCUUGGACGAUACAGCUCAUGAUAGAAAGAAUUUUCAUGACUCUGCCUAAGGCAGCAGAAAAGGUAAUUCUUUUUUUUUUUUUUUUAAAUCUGAUAGUAUUUCUCCAUGUCACAAAUGCCACUCCAUGAUUUUUAGGAUGCACUAAUUACAGUCAGUGCCUGCUAGUGUUUUUAAUCUUUGAGUAUCUGAUGAGCAAUUGACUUUGUUUUUAAUGUGGGUUGGAAUAUGGUAUGUUUUUUUAUUGUCUGUGUUGAUCAAACUAUUGUCACAUGAAUUUUGUUCUUAAUAAACAUAAAUAAACAUUAAAAAUAUAUUUGGUUCUCAA